AUGUCAGGAGACGACCUGGAGCAGGCCAUCUUCAAGUAUUGGAGCGCCACCUCCACCAGUCUCUCGAGACCGACAGUUUCCAUCGCAUCACCCAGCCCUGGAGCUCCACUGGCCCCCAAAGCGCCCUUAGCACCGGCCGCCCCUGGAGCUCCUUUGGCACCCAAGCCAGCUGUUCCCCCAGCCCCGGGUGCGCCGGGUGCUCCAAGAGCACCUGGGGCGCCUGGCGCUCCGCCCAGUCCAGCUCUACCGGCGGAGUGGACAGAGCACAAGGACCCUGUUACAGGCAAGACGUACUACUACAACAAGAUCACCAAGGAGACUACCUGGGAAAAGCCAGCACCAAAGCCGGCCGCGCCGCUGGCACCAGGCGCUCCCAAAGCUCCUUUGGCUCCUGGCGCGCCAUCGGCACCAGCGGCUCCGAAAGACGACUGGACAGAACACAAGGAUCCGGUCACGGGCAAGACGUAUUACUACAACAAGAUCACGAAGGAGACGACGUGGGACAAGCCAGCACCCAAGCUGGCUGCCACCACGCCUUUGGCCCCGAAAGCACCUUUGGCUCCAGGUGCACCACCAGCUCCCGAUUUGAAGGACGAUUGGACAGAGCACAAGGAUCCGGUGACUGGCAAGACCUACUACUACAACAAGAUCACCAAGGAGACGACCUGGGACAAGCCAGCGCCCAAACUGGCCGCAACCACGCCUUUAGCCCCGAAAGCACCUUUGGCGCCGGGGGCACCCGGGGCACCACCGGCGCCCGGCGCAAGUGAUUGGACCGAGCACAAGGACCCUGUUACAGGCAAGACGUACUAUUACAACAAGAUCACGAAGGAGACCACCUGGGACAAACCUGCGGCUAUGGCAGCUAAGCCUGCCCUCCCGGCCCCACUAGCACCAGCGGGACUGCCCCCAAACUGGGAAGAGCACAAAGAUCCCAGCACAGGCAAGACGUACUACUACAACAAGGUGACCAGAGAAACCACCUGGGACAAGCCGAAGGGGGCCGCGGCGCCAGCAGCUCCCGCAGCACCUGGAGUUGGAGGUUUGCCGCCUGAGUGGGAAGAGCACAAGGAUCCUGGGAGCGGGAAGACCUUUUACUACAACAAGACGACAAAAGAGACCACGUGGGAUAAACCUGCUCCGAAGCCUGCUCUUGCACCUGCAGCUCCAGGCGCACCAGGUGGAGGUCUGCCUGCCAACUGGGAGGAGCACAAAGACCCAUCGACUGGGAAGACUUUCUACUACAACAAGGUGACCAAAGAGACUUCCUGGGACAAACCCGCUGGUGCUUCAGCAGCUGCACCGCCUGAUGCCGGAGGCUUGCCACCAAAUUGGGAAGAGCACAAGGACCCCUCCACCGGCAAGGUGUUCUAUUACAACAAGAUCACGAAGGAGACCUCUUGGGACAAGCCGAAGGGGGCCGCGGCGCCAGCAGCUCCCGCAGCACCUGGAGUUGGAGGUUUGCCGCCUGAGUGGGAGGAGCACAAGGAUCCAAGCACUGGGAAGACAUUCUACUACAACAAGACGACAAAGGAGACCUCGUGGGACAAGCCCGCUCCGAAGCCUGCUCUUGCACCUGCGAUCAAGCCAGCUCCACUGGGGGGCCUUCCACCCAACUGGGAGGAGCAUAAAGAUCCAUCCACCGGGAAGACAUUCUAUUACAACAAGGUGACAAAGGAGACUUCCUGGGAUAAGCCCAAGGGUGCUUCCGCGUCGGCGGCGCCAGCAGGUCUUCCACCAAAUUGGGAAGAGCACAAGGACCCCUCCACCGGCAAGGUGUUCUACUACAAUAAGGUCACGAAGGAGACCUCUUGGGACAAACCGAAAGGUGCAGCAUCGCCAGCAGCGCCGAGUCCGCUGGGAGGUUUGCCGCCCGACUGGGAGGAGCACAAAGAUCCAGGCAGUGGCAAGACGUUUUACUACAACAAGGUGACCAAGGAGACGUCUUGGGACAAGCCGGCGGGAGCAGCAGCUGGAGGCUUACCGCCGAACUGGGAAGAGCACAGCGAUCCAUCGUCGGGGAAGAACUUCUACUACAACACAAUCACAAAGGAGACUCGCUGGGACAAACCAUGA